CGCAUUUCUCUCUUCCUCUCUGGAUUUUUGGUAUUUCUAUAAUACAGACCAAAGUAUCUCGGACAUUGUCUCCCUGCUUUCCUUUCAAGGGAGAUUUUGAUUCUUUACGAUUCGUAGAACUGGUUCCUGUAUAACCUUAAAUUUGGAUGCAUAUCUUGUAUACUCAAUCUUGAUUCUCGUCUUGGUUAGUCGUUGCGAUUAAAUUUGGGUCACUUCGAAUUGUUUUGUUCAAGAAAUUAACCUGUGAACGAUCGUCGGAUUAUCAGGUUUGGCUGACUGAAUUGCGUUCUUCUACUUCCUAAGAACAGCUUGUGUUUUUCAUGACACCUAAAAUUUGCCUAUGUUUUCUUGUACAAUGUUACCCAGCAGAAGUUGAUAUCUUGAUUGGAGAAUUAAUUGAUGUCCGACAAUGACGACUGGAAAUCUUAAACCCAGGACAGAUAAGAAACAUUCACGAAAGGGCAAAGCAGAUGUUAAUGAAAACGAACCCCUGUUACCUAAAACUCAGGAGGUUGAUGUUGGAUUUGACGAUUUUAAUGGAGCUUCAUUUUCUGGGGCCGUCUUUAACUUGUCCACCACAAUUAUUGGUGCUGGGAUCAUGGCUUUGCCUGCUACCUUGAAAGAGUUGGGAAUGGUUCCUGGGAUUCUUGCUAUCAUCUUCAUGGCUUUCUUGACAGAGAAGUCUAUUGAGUUCUUGGUCAGGUUUACCCGGGCAGGAAACUCUGUUUCUUAUGGAGGUCUAAUGGGGGAUUCCUUCGGGAAUUGUGGAAAAGUUCUCGCUCAAAUAUGUGUUAUAGUUAACAACCUAGGUGUGCUCAUUGUUUACAUGAUUAUAAUAGGUGACGUGCUUUCUGGAACAUCAUCGAGCGGUGAUCACCAUCAGGGAAUCUUUGAAGGAUGGUUUGGUGUCCAUUGGUGGACCGGGCGUACAUUUGUUGUUCUCUUUACAACUCUGGUUAUAUUUGCCCCUCUAGCUAGCUUCAAGCGAAUUGAUUCAUUAAGAUUCACAUCUGCACUAUCAGUUGCGCUGGCAGUUGUUUUUCUUGUCAUUGCUGUGGGAAUUUCAAUGAUCAAGAUUCUAAGUGGAGGAGUAGGGAUGCCUAGACUUUUUCCUGUCGUUACUGAUUUCAUGUCAUUUUUCAAACUGUUCACCGUGGCUCCUGUGCUUGUGACUGCCUAUAUCUGCCAUUACAAUGUUCACAGCAUAGAUAAUGAACUUGAAGACUCCAGUCAGAUGCAAGGGGUUGUACGUUCUUCCCUUCUCUUAUGCUCUUCAGUGUACUUAAUGACAAGCUUCUUUGGGUUCCUCCUUUUUGGUGAAGGAACUCUUGAUGAUGUGCUUGCCAACUUUGAUACUGAUCUUGGAAUACCUUUUGGUCCUUUGCUUAAUGAUGCUGUACGUUUUAGCUAUGCAGCACACCUCAUGCUUGUAUUUCCAGUUGUCUUUUUUCCACUACGGAUCAAUGUGGAUGGUCUUCUCUUUCCUUCAUCCAGGCCAUUGGUUUUGGAUAACUUCAGAUUUGCAUCAAUGACCACCGGCCUCAUCGCUCUUAUCUUCCUCGGAGCAAAUUUCAUACCCAGUAUUUGGGAUGCAUUCCAGUUCACUGGAGCAACAGCUUCAGUCUGUGUAGGAUUUAUAUUUCCAGCUGCCAUUACUCUCAGGGAUCAAUACAACAUAGCAACUAAAACAGACAGAAUCCUGUCUGUCCUCAUGAUCGUCCUGUCAGUCUUCUCAAAUAUAGUGGCUAUUUAUAGUGAUGCCUAUACCUUGAUAAAGAGGAACCAACCUGCGCUUGCAUGAUCCCUCGUCUGACUUCUGCAGAAGUAUGAUAAUUAUUCUUGGAAUUGAACAGGGCAGGCCAAUUAGAGGAAGACAAUAUUCUGGUAAGCUCAAUUAAGGGGUUACCUUUCAACUGUAAAAUAUAUCGACAACUCAUGCGUUGUACCAAAGUCGGUAUAGAGUUAGAAAACGAUGGUUUACUGAAGGUUUGAUUGGUUCUUUACUGGAUAAACCUGCUUCACAAUUGGAGGCCUGCUUGCCCUUCAGCCUCCUUUAUAAAGUCGUCCUUGCUUGCUGGUUGAGUUUUUUUUUUUUUUUUUUGGCUUGAACUGGUUGAGAAGGUUGGUUGUUGGAUAAAUCAAUGUUUUCCCUCUUAAUUUGUAUGUAUUGAAUAUUUUGUAGGUAUAUUUUCGUACUUUUUUUUUGGGGACACAACAUGUGUAUAUCUUUAAUUGUUGCGUGUGAGGAAAUUUUCGUCUUGAGUGAAU